GAUACAUUCUCAAUAUAGCUAAGGCAGUCCUCGCCUCACACACACGGACACAGAAGUGUGCGCUCAUGCUAGAAUAAUGGCGGCCAUGUCCAUUGCAGCCACCACCUGCUGCUCCUCCUCCUCCUUCCCCGCAAACCACAGCCGGCACAUCGCAACUUACUCCCGUGCGUCUCGCCUUCCUCUUCAUCGGCCAGCUUGGCGUCGCUCUCUCCUUGCUGCCUCCCCGCCGGCGAGCCGCCUCCGCUUCCGCCCCCGGACCUCCCUGUCGGCGUCUCCGGCCGCAGCGCACGACUACGAGUUUACCGAUACAAACGGAGAGGUGGAGCUGAGGCUAGACAUCGGAAAGCUUGGCAUUGAGAGUUCAAGAGAUGUUUUUGUUGAUGUCGAUGACAUGUCCCUGCUCAUCAGAGCCAAGUCUGAUGGAACACUGAGGACUUUGAUGAAUGUUGGAACGCUAUUCGACAGGGUUAAGUCUUCUGAGACGAUAUGGUUCAUUGACGAGGAUCAGUUGGUGGUGAACCUGAAGAAAGUCGAGCAAGAGCUGAAAUGGCCCGACAUUGAUGAAUCUUGGAAAUCCCUCACUGCUGGGAUCACACAGUUGUUGACGGGGAUCAGCGUUCACAUAGUUGGUGACUCCACGGAUAUUAACGAGGCGGUCGCUAAAGAGAUCGCUGAGGGCAUCGGGUAUCUCCCAGUUUGUACAAGUGAGCUGCUAGAGAGUGCCACUCAAAAGUCUGUUGACACCUGGGCGGCCUCGGAAGGAGUGGACUCUGUAGCUGAAGCGGAGUGUGUUGUCCUAGAAAGCCUUAGCAGCCAUGUCCGUACCGUGGUAGCGACUCUGGGUGGCAAGCAAGGAGCGGCGAGCAGGUUCGACAAAUGGCAGUAUCUUCAUUCCGGGUUCACGGUGUGGUUGUCGGUGUCCGAGGCCGGUGACGAGGCCUCUGCCAAAGAGGAAGCCCGGAGAAGCGUUAGCACUGUUAGCGUGGCUUAUGCCAAGGCUGAUGUGGUGGUGAAGCUGGGUGGAUGGGACCCGGAGUACACGCGAGCUGUGGCACAGGGCUGCCUUGUUGCCUUGAAGCAGCUCACCUUGGCAGACAAGAAGCUAGCAGGGAAGAAGAGCCUUUACAUCAGGCUAGGCUGUCGAGGGGACUGGCCCAACAUCGAGCCACCCGGCUGGGAUCCUCAAUCAGAUGCCCCGCCCACCAACAUCUAGUCCAGCUUCAAGAGCCCUUUUUUCUUUUCUCUUCUUUUUUCAAGACUUUAUUCCGUUGCUUAAGGAUGUACACAAGCCUGUCCGUGCAAAGCGGGAAAAAUACUCUUAUUCAGGACCAAGAGUAUGAAAUGCCAAACUCUCUAGUUCACCCGAUCCAA